ACCGCAAGGAAAAACUAUACAAUCAAACCACGUGUUGUCUUACCAACGGACUAUGUCAAAGAAGUACGACCGCCUUCCCCGAAAGGAACACCUGUAACUGUAGAAUUUAGUAUAUUUGUUGUAGAUAUAAAUUCAAUUAAUGUCGAGGAUAUGGACUUUCGCGUGGAUAUGUUUGUGCAUCAGAAAUGGGUCGAGAGUCGUCUCGUGCUGCACGACGAUAUUUUCGAGGAGGGCGAUGAUUACGUAACAUUACCGCCGGAAUUUUUUGACAACCUCUGGCAGCCGGAUCCGUACUUUCUCAACUCAAAAAUAGCAGGCGAAUCCAUCAUAAAUCCAGCUCUGCAUGCAAAAUUAUCCAUAAAGGUUGCGUGCUUAAAUUUCAAACUUUUUACAGAAAUCGCAACUCUCACACACAAAUUUUCGUCAGUGACGAUUUUUAGAAAUAAGACUGUUCGCUAUGCCGCAAGAAUGCAUGCCAUCAUUGCUUGUCAGAUGGAAUUUCAGUUGUAUCCUAUGGAUAUCCAAAUCUGUCCCAUUUAUGUAGAAAGUUUCAGUUAUAGCAAUCAAAAGGUGCGAUUAAAAUGGGCACAGAGCGGCGUCAAACUUAAUCCCGAGCUCAAGUUGCUGCAAUAUAAUUUGGGACAACCGUUAGAUUUAGAGGAGAGUGAUGGUUACAUGCCAGAGAAGGAUGGAAAUUUCUCCCGCCUCGCCGUGUACUUCCGUUUCGAACGUCAAAUCGGGCAUCAUUUGAUCCAAACAUUCGCUCCAUCAGGUCUCGUCGUGUCUCUUUCUUGGUUUAGCUUUUGGUUAGGCUUAGAUGCGAUUCCCGGAAGAGUUACUUUACUCGUCACGUGCAUGUUGACUCUCGUAACUAUGUUCACAGGCUUGAGAGCUGACAUCCCGCCAGUUGCUUAUGUGAAGGCACUCGAUUUAUGGAUGGCUGGAUGCAUGGUUUUUGUUUUCGCCGCAUUGGGAGAAUUUGUCGUCGUAAAAGUUCUCGAUGUUCAAUACCAAUUCCAGGUGAAUAGAAUGCCUAAAGUACCCAUUCCUAUGAGGAUAAGCGCCAUGGAAAAAGGUCAAUGUCCAACUGUAGCUAAUUGGGAGGGUGGCGGGAAUGUUACAGUUAGACCUAGAAAAGGAACUCCAACGUCAACUAAUACGCCGGGACAGCAACAACAAGCAGGCAUCCAAGGAAACGGAGGACAUCCAAAACCAACACGGCGUCAAUCGAUUCUCAGCGUGGCAUGGACCGAUGCGGAUACCGGCGUCGAACGAAUUAUGUGGCGCGAAAUCGACAAAAUGUCCCGAAUAGUAUUUCCCGGAUUAUUUUUAGUCUUUCUCAUACUGUAUUGGCCAAUUUUGUUAUUUAAGUCGUCAUAG